UGUCCGAACGCCCGUGAUGUCCGACUGCCCCUACCUAUAAAACCAGGGCACCACGCCCACGUUCCAAGAUCAAAACGUCUCGACAAGGCACAACCACCUGAAGCAAUGCCGAUGUACUCCAAGUCAGAACUCAUCCACGUGCCGCCACCGCCAUGCAGCCGUCCCCGUUACGUCAUGGCGCCACCCCUGGUCUUCACGUCCAUCGGCGCGUCGAUGAACGCCGCCGUGCGCGACGUUUGGGCCAGCAACUUCGACGAAGAGCUCUCCAACCUAUCGGCGGUGCUGCCGCGCUACCCCUGCGUGUGCGUGGACACCGAGUUCCCCGGCGCGGUACACGACUCGAACUUGCCGCGGUACAUGCGCGGUCCGCGCGAGAGCUACGAGCUGGUGAAGCGGAACGUAGACGACCUCAACCUGCUGCAGGUCGGGAUCGCGCUGUCGGGCCCCGCCGGCCGGUUCCCCAUCGCGUGGCAGUUCAACAUCCGGGGCUUCGACCCCGCGCUUCACCCGCACGCGCCGGCCUCCAUCGCCAUGCUCCGCGAGCAGGGGAUGGACUUCGCCAUGCUGAACGAGUUCGGCAUCGACCCCGAAGACUUCGCCGCCGGGUUCCGCCGCAGCGGCCUCGCCUGCGGGUGGCUCACCUGGACCGCCUUCUCGGGCUCCUACGACUUCGGGUACCUCGCCAAGGCGCUCACCGGCGGCCAGCCACUGCCGGACACGCUGGACGGCUUCCUCGCCCUGGUCCGUCGGCUGUUCGGACACAGUGUGUUCGACGUGAAGCACCUCGCCAGAUGCUGCGCCAUGCGCGGGGGGCUUGAGCAGGUGGCCACCGCGCUCGGCGUCAAGCGCGCCGCCGGCCGCGCGCACUGCGCCGGCUCCGACAGCCUGCUCACCACCGACGUCCUCCUGCUAAUGAUGCAUCGCUUCUUCAGGAACGUCGAUGUGCUCGCGCACGCCGGAACCAUCGUAGACCUCACCUAGUUUCCUAGCUAGUACUGCUUUUCUAGUGGAUAGGUUUUAGUUUUUGCGAUGUAGUCAUGCAUGCAGUGUCCAGCUGCUAAUUUGUACGAAUUGCUUUUAUGAAGUUCUUCAUUGGAGACUGAUCUGCAUUUGAUCAUGUGUUUUUAUACUCUCAAACAUUCGAGUAAAUGUUUCAGUAUAGAUAGGCACGAUCUGAACCAUUUUGCUACAAGGUACUGUGUCCGACAGCAUUAGUUACUUGGUCAAUCAAUCGAUCCGAUCAGAAUAACUGGUUUAUUCUGAUUAGCUUGCUGCCUGGAGUACUUAUGACAGCACAGAAACAAUGUAACAUAACGGGACCUGGUAAUUUUGCUUGUCAACAAAGCAAAUACAGAUCUCUGUUUGCUAGAAAGAAGAACGAACGAACAUCUUCCCAAGGUAGAAUGCAUGUCCAUACAUAUUUUAUUUUCAAGCACAACAAAUAUAGAUACUGUACACAAGGGCUAUUUUUUAUUAAAAUAAUGUCAAGAAGUGGUGACUGAGUUGAUGAAGUUAUGCACAUAGCUUCAGCAAAUAAAUGAUAUAUAGCCAUGAUUGACAGUUAAUAACUGAAAUAUUAAUUAGUUCAGAAAACUUCGACUGUAAUAUAUGGUGUGUCAGGAUUCAGGAGCAAUUACAGAGUAAGCCAGCAACAUUCUUGUGAUUCUCACACAGAGAUGUAGAAUGUAACUAGACAAAGCAAAUUCUCCCAAGCAUUAUGUGGAAGUAAUGCUUUUCCCUAGUUAAGUGUGCCUAGCCGGACAGGAUGGCAACCGAUACAACUUUGCGGCUACUGUGGCAGCCGGCGCGUCGUGCCCCUCUGGAGGGGUUUGUGUGGCGGCCAGGGCGGUGGCGACGACGGAGGCUACUUGCUUUGAUCUAGGGAACUAGUCUUUCGAUGUGCUAGAGGGCAUCUUGGGUGAAAGCAUUGGGGACGUCUGUCCGGCGCCACUUUCCCUGUUAAGGGUGUCACAUUGCUCAGUCUUUUAGUUCGUCUCGACCUCAAUGUUACCUUCGACCCAUGCUUUCACUUCUUGGCGUCAGGUUUGCGGGUGGACGUGGGGUUUUUUUUGCACGUGAAGUCGAAGCUGCCUUGUUAAGGGAUGUGGCUCGACAAUGAGGCGAGCCCCCUUCCUCGUGGUCUGGACUGUUUUGGAGGUCAGGCAAAUAACCAAAGGUGGGUGUUAGAUCAAGAUUGCUGACGCGUGUGGGUGUGUCGAGGCUUGGCACGAUGGUGCAUCACUAUCUUCAUCCUUAUGUGUCACGUUUUGGUGUAGGCGUCAUCGUGUUGCUUUUGGCAAUGUGCGACCCAUCUGGCAGAGUCGGACAUGCUCGUAUCUUGUGUUGAGCUUGGUAACGAUGACUCUGGAAGGGCUUUGUGUUUGGGGUUGCCACUGUUUGUGUUGUUUAGGCACUCUGUGUCGGCGGUGAAUGUUAUGUCGUGUUGAUGUCUCAAUCCAAUCGACGAGUUGAGUUGUAUGGUGUCGGCGUGUUGAUUUCCCAAUACAACCGCCUGUUGUUUGUUGUUCUGUCCGGCCGACCCACUUCUACUUUAUUAAUAUAAUCGGUAGCUCUCCUGUCCAGUUCAUUUAAAAAAUAGAGAUGACAAUGGGUAAGUACCCACCUGUUAUUACUAUCCUAUACCCAUACCCACGACAAAAAAAAUUCUGUCGGGUCGAUUAUAUUCACGGGUGGGUAUGGAUUUGCCCUAUACCCAUACCCAUGUAGGUAUGGGUCACCCACCGGAUCCCCAUACACACAAAGAUUAAACAUAUAUCAUAUGAGGUAAGCAUCAUUCAACAAAUAUAAUGAAUUGUAAAAAAUACCAGCUACUAAAAACAUGAAAUCUAAAUAAACCAUGUGUCAUAAUUAAGCAUCACACCAUUUGAUUUCUAACAUUAUAGACACACAAGACUGCAAAAAAUAAACUGCAUGGCUAGAAUUGUGCUCAGAUCUAUAGAAAUAAUAUCUAAUUACAUAGUUGCAUAAGAAACAACUAUAGAAUCCACUUAGAGAUUAUAUAGCUAGGGUUUCAUUUGUUUUGGGCAAGGCCAAGUGCUCAAGUUUAUGUUUUUUGGCCAAGUUUAUACUGGGUAUUUUAUACCCAUGGGUUAACAGGUAUGGUGAGGACAUAACGUUCUAAUACCCGUUUACCCAUUGGGUGUGAAUGUUUUUGUCUAAUAAGAGAACCAUGGGUAGAAUAUUUAGUCCAUAUACAACCCUAAUGGAGUAAAUAUUCAUCGGGUAUCGGGUCGCGGGUACUCAUUGCCAUCUUUAGUCUGGAACUAAUAUCAAAUUAUACUGCUUCCCUUCUGAAGAAUGCCUCCAACUAAAAGCAGAAGAGUUUCUGAAACUACACGAAAGAGAAAAAAUGGCGAUGGAUACUUAUCACGCCGUUGUAUCCGAAGCAUCGUUUGGUUUCUAAAGAGAUCAUUCAUGAGGUUUCUGAAGAGAUAAUUCCGGUGCCCGGUGGCCAUUGGCAGCGCCAAAGAAGAUACUGAAGCUAGACACGACCUUCACCUGCUCGUUUUCAUAGCUACUAGAAUGAGAAAGCGCCCUAUCAGGCGCUAAACCGUUCGUGCACUCAGCAAACAAAUUAAAUCAUAAAACCAUGACUUUUGAGACAGAAAACAAAUUAAAUCAUAUGUUUUAGCGUAUAGGAAAUACACUUAAAACCAUGACUUUUUGAGAAAGAUCUUACCUCGAGAAGAUACGCAUAAUUGAGAACUAUUUGUGGAAUGGCAAUUUGUAAAAUCAAUAUUCUCUCAUAAACCGCACAGGUAGAGUCUAAGGUUCUGAGGCUCUCCUCCAUAUCAAAAUAAAAGCUCCACAAUUUUAAAUAUUUAUACACUUUCAUUUGAACAGGCUCAUUUCUCUCAGUUGCAUCAAUCAUAUUAUUAGUAUGAAUGUUCUAUAAAAUACACAGGAAAAUUUAAAAAUAACAUGAAUCUAACAGAUUAUAUUAUACCCCGCCUCUUAAACUCAAGAGAGGGCUCUAGUGUUGCUUGCCUCAUCAGUUCAAUAGCCUUGUAAAAGUUGUUGGGGCGCAACUCCAUAUCUGCCCCACUCACACCAAAUACUGGCUAAAUAUAAUGGUCAACUGCCUUAUAAUUCAGUUGAGUAUCCCGUUCAAAGAUAUCUUCAGCACUAUCUAGACGAUUGUGUUUCUCAUACAUCUAGGGGUGGUAAUGGAUCGCGAUCCAAAUGUUUCCUCACAUUUUGUUAAUGUCCUAAAUCAAUUUUAGUUCAAUGAUGAAUAUAAAUAGAGCUCGAUUCUAACAUGAUCCUUAAAAUUAAGUGUAAAAUUGAUAACCCAUUAUCAGUCCUAUAUACAUCUUUGCAAAUUAAUUUCACCCAAAGAGUCUCAAUUGUCUUCAUUGGGCCUACUAUUUUUACGGUCUCAACAUAUGUCUUUAACUGCCUUGUAGGAUCUUGUCAAAGAGUUUCACCUUCCUCUACAUAUGGUUGCAUUGUUAGCCAAUCUAUCGGACCAAAACAAAAAGAAAUAGCAAUGUGCAUUAGUAGCACACUACAUGUUUGCAUCUCACGACAUAAUUUGCUAAAGGAGAUCUGAGCCACUUGCAUUCAAUAAAGAAUUAGUAAUUUUCCCAGCUAUAGAGAAUUUGUGCAAACACUUAAAACCAAAUGUCCAUGUCUUAAAAUAUUCAAUUAACUCAUAGUAGCACUCUUUGUUUGGGAUUAUUGUUCACUUUAGCGUUGUCCGGCCCAAGCCUCCCAGCGGUGGGCUUCCGCUCUGCUCGCCAACACUGCCUCCAUAUGCAGAAUUUGGAUCACAAACUCAACACAGUCCUAGGAAUGAUAACAUAUAUUCUGUAACAUAAUGGAAGCAUAAGGGAAACCGAGAGAAGAGGGUCUUAAAUUAGUUUUCUAUUUUAGUGAUCAACAAAGUAUCAUUUUUUCUCCAAGUUGCGGAGAACAUUUCUUUUCUUACACUAUAAGGGAAUGGGUAAAUAGUAUACUAUUUUGUGAUGAUUGAGUUUUUUCUUUUGAAACAAGCCAACAUUGCAUAUACAAAGAAGCAAAAAAAGAGCCGACGAUGGCCUUUUCUAUCAGACAACAUCUGUAGAGCUAUGCACAUAAAUGGUAAUAUGUGUCUUGAUUCUUGAACUUUGGACGAAGUAUCAAGAAUGGAAGUUGUUGUCGCCUACCAGGGGAGUUACUCUGGCAUGGUGUUUAGUGGUUGCCUGGUAUACACUACGGGCGAAAGUUAUGAUGAGUAACAUCUUUUCUAAUUUCACGCCUAUUGUUAAGUAUAUGGCUGCUUUAUUACUUUUUCGUGCCUGCUAAGUAUAUGACUAUUUUUAUGGCUGCUAUAGAUUUAGAGUACAUGGGUCUUACACCAAAUGAGGGAAUACCAACACUAUUAACCAACAAAAGGUGCUUCCAAAUAGAUAGAUAAGAAGUGGUCUAUACCAACAAGUGUGAUGUUAUUUUUAUUGAAGGUCUCAUGUUCAUGUAACCUUGAAAGUAUAUGAGGUUGCAUACAGAUUGUUAAUUGCACUAUGGGAUCUAAUCAUCUGCGCUAAUGUUGUUUAUUUUAAUUCUCCAUUCUGGCUUGCUCUAUCUGAGAGGUUUGGUCCCUGAGAGAAAGAACAAAAAAGAAAAGAAACCAAUGCUAUUCUAUAAGAUAACGGAAGUGAGGAAGAAACAAAGGAGCAACCUAACAUAUAUUCAGAUGAAUAUUUUCUAGGUCAAAUGAAUGGUAAAAAUAGUAGCUAAUAACUGCUUGACAUGUUAUUUCACUAUCAAAUGAAAUUGCAUUUUUGACAAAUUGUAGCCUCCUAAGCUCCUGCCAUGAACGAACCAUAAUGAGAUAAGCGAUACUCUAAACUCUCAGCAAAACCAAAGGACGCCUAGAACACAAAUCCAUGAAGAGCACCCAACAACCAAAUGAUAAGAUGCACAUGCAGAGGUAAGUGGAAAA